AUAUCGAGCAUAGCAAAUGUUUUGACAUUUGCCUUGUCUGUCAUUUGUUAAGUAAAAGAAAAAGAAAUAAAUUACAGAAAACUGGCGGUAUAGAAUUACAGCAUAUUAAAAAUGGCUCAUACUAUAUUGUUAGUACAACCCGGUGUUAAUCCCGAAUCUCGCACUUAUUCCGAUUAUGAAUCAGUUAACGAGUGUAUGGAGGGUGUUUGUAAGAUUUAUGAAGAACAUUUAAAGAGGAGGAAUCCCAACACCCCCACAAUUACCUACGAUAUAUCCCAAUUGUUUGAUUUUGUGGACCAGCUUUCAGAUUUGAGUUGUCUCGUGUAUCAGAAAUCGACAAAUACUUAUGCUCCAUAUAACAAAGACUGGAUAAAAGAGAAAAUAUACAUAUUGCUACGACAAGCAGCAGGCCAUACAGAUUAAGAAAUUAGGAUAAAGCAUUAUGAUUUUUAUAAUAUACAUUAAGUGAAUCUUUUUUAUUUUCCUUCUAUAUU